AUGUCCGAGCGGCCCUCGGGGCCGUUCUGGCAGUCCUCGGGCGGCCGGGGCGGCAGGUACCACACGUUCAUCGCCCACGGUCCGUCCGGAUCGGGCGCGAUGGGCUCCGGGAGCGUCAGCGGGCGCCCGUCCUCGCCCUACAUCUCAGCCAGCCGCCCUGGCAGCGACGGGAUCCGGCCCCGCGCCCCCCAGACGAAGCCCCCGCCGGACUGGGACUCCUCCGUGUCCACGGCGAGGACGAUGCGCGCCGGGCGGAAGUUCGUGGAGGCGGGCACGGGCGUGUCGAGCUUCUCGUGGGGCGACCAGCAGCGCCCCCCGCCCUCGCGCGUGUACCUAGGUGGGUCCAGCAUGCGGGGGAGCAGCGCGGGUAUGAGAGGGAUAGGGAGCGGGCGGCCCUCGAGCCGCGACGGGCGCGCCGGGAGCACAGGAAGGGCCGCGAACGUCGCUGGCAUGGGUGGAGGGCACGUGCCCGCGCAGCCCUCGCAAUCCAACAGGGCCAACACCGCCCCGUCAGGAACCUCUCGGUCGUUCAGGAUCCCGCAGCAGUCGCACGCGCCGCCGGGCAGGCCCGCGAGCCAGCAGCUCAUCCGUGUCUCCAGGGCCCCGCCCCGCAACAACACGCCGGUGCGCGGCGGGACGGCCCCCGGGGCGGCCCAGCUGUCGCUGUUCCAGCGGCUCUCCAACCUGGGCACCGCGCGGAAGCCGGAGCACGGCACGAUGCUCUCGCCGGGGGCGAACUCGUUUGCAGUCAGCAACGGUUCGAGCCCGGUGCGCCCGGUCCGCACGGGCUCCCUCACCGCGGCGUGGGGGUCAGAGACACAGAACGAGGGCAAAGAGGAUUCCGGCGAGCAGGCGCAGGCCACGCCGGCCGCGGCGCCCCAGGGCGGUGCCCACAGCAGCAGUGCAGCCCGCUCCGCCGCCCCCGGGUACCCCUCCCUGGGCUCCGCGAGCGCGGGCCGGCAGCAGCGGCUCGCGCUCCGCACGUCGAUGGGCGCGCGACCGCCGAGCUCGCGGCAGGUGGCCCCGGCGGCCAGUAGCAGCUCGCACAAGGCUGAGAAGGAUGUUGGGGGCGCCCAGCCGGCCAAGGCGGCGAGCGCGCACGGCCCGGGCCGCCGGGAGGACUCAUCGGACAUAGCCUCGAACGGGCACGGGCAGUCCUCGGGGGUGGUCCGCGGGAGCAGCGCGCAGGACCACGCGGGCAACAUUGGGCAGCCGCUCAGCACGCUCCGCCCCGGACACGACGGGGCGCAGGCGAGCAGCCGCGUGCGGCCGACGAGCAGCACGGGGAUGCGCAGUUCCGCCGGGGGCGACGCGGCGCCGCGGCGGUCGGCGGGGUCGGCGGGCGCGGACGCCCGGCCGGGGCCGACGGUUAGCAACGGGGGGUCGAGCGGGCCGGACGCGGCGCACGCGACGGGGCGGUCCACGCUCACGCCCGCGGGGCCGCCGUCCUCGCAGCACCUGCCCGCGAGCACGCGCCCGGCGAGCGCGGCCCCCGGGCGCACGUCGUCGGGGCUGUCCCCGGCCACGGGGCUGGCCGAGUACAAGAUCGGCAAGGUGAUCGGCGAGGGGGGGUUCUGCCAGGUGCGCGAGGGGUGGCACAACCUCUCGGGGCGGAAGGUCGCCAUCAAGGUCAUCGACAAGGCGCGCCUGUCGGACAUCAACGACCGGAAGCGCAUCGCGCGCGAGAUCAAGGUGUUGAAGAAGCUGCACCACUCGUGCAUCAUCCGGUGCUUCGACGUGAUCGACACGAGCAGCAAGAUCUACAUCGUGAUGGAGAACGCGCAGGGGGGCUCGUUGCUCGACCACGUCCGGCAGCGCAAGCGCCUCCCCGAGCGCGAGGCGGCGAUGUUCUUGCAGCAGAUUGUGCACGGGCUGAUGUACUGCCACAGCAAGGGCGUGGUGCACCGCGACAUCAAGCUGGAGAACAUCCUGCUCGACCGCGACGACAGCGUCCGCGUGAUCGACUUCGGCCUCUCGGCGAUCACCGCCCCGGGCAAGAAGCUCAAGGUGUACUGCGGGUCGCCCUCGUACGCCGCGCCGGAGAUCGUCGCGCGCCGCCACUACGACGGACCGCCCGUCGACGUGUGGUCCCUCGGCGUCGUGCUCUUCGCCAUGGUGUGCGGGUUCCUGCCCUUCCACGCAGGCGGCGACCGACAGGCUCUGUGCAAGAAGAUCAUGAAGGGCCACUUCACGCUCCCGGACUUCGUCAGCGAGGACGUGUCGGACCUCCUCCGGCACAUGCUCACCGUGGACCCCAGCCAGCGCAUCUCCCUGCGCUCCAUCCUGCAGCACCGCUGGGUCACGCAGGGCAUGCGCUGGACGCCCCCGGCCACCGACCGCUACCACGUCCCCACGGGGCCCAACGGCGGCGUGCUCCUCAACACCGAGGUCGUGCGCGUCCUCGAGCGCCACGGCUUCGCGGCCCCGGACAUCCAGGACGCCAUCAACAACCGCGAGUGCUGCGGGGCCACCGCGGCCUACUUCCUCGUCGCCGAGAAGCUCGCGCCGGCCGCCGGGAGCCGCGCGACGUCCGCGACCGUGCGCGAGCCGGUCGUCGGCGGCAGCGCGCACGACGGCCCGCUGCGCGCGGGCACUGCGCCGGCCGUGCCGGGCCCCAAGCGCAACGGCAUCGGGUCCGACGGCGGGAGCAGCAGGGCGCAGAGCCUGGGCAACUCCGACGGCGAGGCGGAGGGCUCGAACGGCCGCAAGCCGGAGUCGCAGUCCACGCGCGAGACGGUGCUGUACUCGAACCCGCACAAGGCUCACGUGCGGUUAGUCGCCACGCAGCAAGCCGCGGCCGCGGCCAGCGCUGCACGCCCGCCAGUGGGCGUCGCAUGGUGA